AUGGGAAUCCCUCAGUAUAAUGAGCCAUCCCAUAACCAGGGCCAGAGCCAGGCGGACGAGUUGGUCCAGCGGUUUGGCCGGCUCAACACCUUAGACGACUUGAUCCGACUGAGAGCAGCAGAUGCAGUUCAGGAGCCGAUUUUGGCCUAUCCCCAGCAGACCCAAGAUGGCGUGGCCUCUUACGAGCACUUCACGGGCGAGGACCUGGAUGCGAUGGUCGACCAGGCUGUCUGUAUGUUGCUGGAAUCAGGCAUUCGACCGCCCAAGAAUGACGGCGAGAUUAUCGCCCUGCUCACCCUCUCAGACCUGAACAUGGUCGUCACCUUCUUUGCCCUCAGUCGCAUUGGAUACACCAUUAUGAUGCUCUCCCCUCGCCUCUCAGCCACUGCAUGCGUCUCCCUCCUUGACACCGUCGGCUGCGACACUAUCUUAUACGGACAUGCACCAACCAUCCGCACAACCGUCGGCGAGAUCCUACGCCAGAAACUUGUCGCCUGCAGACCCAUCAUCCAGCGGCCCUCCCAAACGGACACGGCAGAAGGCCCAUCUGUCCUGGUCCUCCACCGAAGCCGCAACCGAGACGCCGCUCGGAACCGAACAGCCCUAAUCCUCCAUUCCUCGGGGUCGACGGGCACACCCAAGCCCCUGUUCCUGAGCCACAAAGCCAUCAUGACACAUCCAUUGCGUGGACCGGGUCUUACCUCGUUUAACACCCUCCCUUGGUACCAUCUGCACGGCCUGUCGACUGCGCUGCAGGCGAUGUAUAUGAGGAAGGUCGCGUACAUGUGGGAUGCCGCACUGCCACUGACAACACCAACUGUCGUCGCCGCAUUGGAAGCAGCUAAGCCCGAGUCAGUCCAGGGCGUUCCAUAUCUCCUUCAGCUUCUUGUCGACAGCACCAAGGGCCUAGACGCCCUUCGGUCCUGCAAGCUCGUCACAUACGGGGGUGCACCCUGCCCCGACGACCUAGGAGACCGACUCGUCGCCGAGGGAGUGCAUUUCGGCGGCUCAUUCGGACUAACCGAAGCAGGCCUCGUCGCCGAGUCCAUCUCCCGUCCCAAAUCCGACCCCUUCUGGAACUACCUCCGCUUCUUCCCAAACCUAACCCCCUUCAUCUGGAUGAAACCUUUAUCCUCUGGUCCAGAGAAUGAAUUAUACGAAUGUGUCUACCUAGCCGGCCACCCAGCCCUCACGGCCUCGAACUCCUCCGAGCCCCCAGGCUCCUACCACUCCCGUGACGUCUUCACGCCACACCCCUCCAUCCCAGACCGCUGGAAAUACGUCUCCCGUCUCGACGACCGCGUCACCCUGCUCAACGGCGAGAAGGUCCUCCCGCUACCGAUCGAGGGGUGCAUCAAGCAGAGUCCCGUUGUGGAGGACGCGGUUGUUGUGGGUGUUGGCAAGGCUGUUCCUGGCCUUUUGCUGUUUCGAGCGGAGCAGGCAGAGCAAGUACGGCGAUUACACCCUGUUUCCGGGGAGGAAUUCAUUGAUUCCGUUUGGCCGGUUAUCCAGGAUGCGAAUUCGCGUGCUGAGCAGUUCUCCCAGAUUACGAGGGAGAUGGUGGCGGUUCUCCCUGUUGGUUCGGUACGGCCGCAGACGGAUAAGGGGUCGAUGAUCCGGGCGCAGGUUUAUGCGAGGUAUGCGGAUGUGAUUGAGGGGUUGUAUGCGCGGGUUGAAGAGAGGGGAGCUGAUGGUGCGACUGGGGGGACGCUGCGUCUCAGCUGUGAAGAGACGGAGGGACAUUUGAUGAAGCUUGUCCGGGAGGAGCUGGGGCUGGGAAUGGCGAUUUUGGAUUCUGCGACAGAGCUUUUUACGGCUGGGGUUGAUAGUCUGAAGGCGAUUCAGUUGAGGAGGUUGGUGGUGAGGGAUUUUGCGAUGGAGGAUGGGAAGGGUCUUGGGCAGAAUGUGGUGUUUGAGGCUGGUUGUGUGUCGAAGCUGGCGGAGCUUAUAUGUGCGAUGCAGGCUGGCCAGACUGGGGAUGUGCGUCAGGAUGAGGAUGUCAUGGAGGAUUUGGUUGCCAGGUACUCGUCGUUCAGGGAUCAUGUUCCGGUCUCAGAAAGGAAGCAUGGCAGGGGUGUGAUACUGACUGGGGCAACCGGGUCUAUCGGUGCACACACUCUAUACCGACUACUGAACGACGACACGGUAUCGACUGUCUACUGCCUCACAAGACGAGACAGCCCCAAGGAAGCAAUCCUCGACGCUCUCGCGCAGAAAGACCUCAGUGUCCUGUCCUACCGAACGAAGAAGAUUGUCGCACUCAAGAGCGCCCUUGAUGAACCCGAUAUGGGCUUGGACAAGACCACCAUCGAACAGAUGCGCCAGUCCGUCUCUCUGAUCGUCCACUCCGCGUGGCCAGUGAACUUCAACCUCCCACUGACCAGCUUCAUCCCGCACAUCCAAGGACUCGCGAACCUGGUCGACUUCUCGCUGUCAGUACACAUGCCGGCGCCAGCAGUGCUGCUCUUCUGCUCCUCGAUCUCAACAGCACUAGCCUCUUCGUCAGCAGAAGUAGAGGAAAGCCCAAUGCCUGAUUCCAGCAGCGCUCUGGACAUGGGCUACGCGCGCUCCAAGCUCAUCGGCGAGCGAAUCGUCAGCAACGCUCGCAAGGCCGGAGCAAGGACGUUCUCGCUCCGUAUCGGCCAAAUCUCGGGGCACUCGAAGAAGGGCCUGUGGAAUGACUCGGAGGCGAUCCCGCUCAUGAUCCGGUCUGCGCUGACGCUCAAGACACUCCCGAAGCUGGACACGGAGUGUUCCUGGUUGCCGGCUGAUAAGCUCGCGGCUUCACUGCUGGAGAUUGCGCGGACGUGUUCGCUCAACUCGGUUGAUGAUGAUGAUUUCGAUGGAGGCGACGACUCGAUCUACAACCUGUGCAACCCGCGCACAUUUACCUGGGCUGCGAUGCUGGAUACACUCCGGCAGCAUGGGUUCGAGUUCCAGACCGUUGCGUUCGCCGACUGGCUGGGAAAACUGCGGGAGAGCGAAGCCCGGGGUGAGGAGCUGGUCAACCCGGCCGUCAAGCUAGCGGAGCACUACGCAUCGAUGUACGGUAGUGGUAGCGAAGAGGCGUCCGUGCCGAAGAAAUUCCGGACGGACAGGGCAGAGCGCGAUAGCAUGACGCUGCGAAAUGGGCGGCUGAGGAUUGUGCAGGAUGGGAUCCUGGCUCGGUAUGCGCAGGACUGGAUGCGGCGGUGGAAUUGA